AUGGCUGCCGACGGUGUUGCCGAGCAUUAUCAGGUCCUCGAGGAGCUUGGCCGCGGAAGUUUCGGCGUCGUUUUCAAGGGCAUAGAAAAGGCCACGGGCGAAACGGUUGCCAUCAAGCACAUCGAUCUCGAAUCGAGCGAAGAUGAUAUCGAAGAGAUCCAGGCCGAGAUCGCCGUCUUGAGCACCUGCGCGAGCCCCUUCGUCACGCAGUACAAGGCAUCCUUCCUCCGAGGGCACAAGCUAUGGAUCGUCAUGGAGUACCUCGGCGGAGGCUCCUGUCUGGACCUGUUGAAACCGGCCAACUUUGGCGAGUCCCAGAUUGCCAUCGUCUGCCGCGAGCUGCUGCUCGGCAUCCGCUACCUGCACGGCGAGGGCAAGAUUCACCGCGACAUCAAGGCCGCCAACGUCCUGCUCUCCGAGACGGGCCGCGUCAAGCUCGCCGACUUUGGCGUCGCCGCCCAGCUGACCAACAUCAAGUCGCAGCGGAACACGUUUGUCGGCACGCCUUUCUGGAUGGCCCCCGAGGUCAUCCAGCAGGACGGCUACAGCUUCAAGGCCGACAUCUGGUCGCUCGGCAUCACCGCCAUGGAGAUGGCCAACGGCGAACCCCCGCUCUGCCACAUACACCCCAUGAAGGUGCUCUUCCACAUCCCCAAAAACUCUCCCCCGAGGCUCGAGGGCAACUUCAGCCGAGACUUCAAGGACUUUGUCGCCCAGUGUCUCACCAAGGACCCCGAGCGCCGUCCCUCCGCCGGCGAUCUGCUCAAGCACCGCUUCAUCCGCUCCGCCGGCAAGAUCGAAGCCCUGCAGGAGCUCAUCGCCCGCCGCCGGAUGUGGGACGCGAGCCAGGACCGCCACCGGCACACCAUCUACUACCAGGAGACUCUCCAAACCAUCACGCCCCGAGACCAGGAGGAAGGCUGGGUCUUCGACACGGUCAAGUCGGUCGUGCCCGCCGCCAAGUCGGUCGCGCCUCCGAGGAAGCCGAGCGUGAAGCACCGGAAACCGUCGCCGAUGGUCGCCGCCGAGGACGGCCUGCGCAAGCUCGACCUCAGCGAGGGUCCCCUCGGCCUCUCGUCGCCGGCCACGGGCACGGUGCGAAAGUCGACGGUCCGUCGGACCUCGUCCGUCGCGCGAACCUCGUCCAUCCUCUCCAACGGUUCCCCGCGCUCGUCGGCGAGCACUAAGAAGCCUCUCCAGCCGGACAUGUCGUUUGGAAACUCGGGUUCGACCAUGCGACUGUUCCGCAGGGUGCCGUCGGACAGCUCGACGUCUGGUCAGCCUGGCGGGCCCAGGCCGUCGGGCGACGACGUCUUCUGCGACGAGAACAUUCCGCCUCCCAUGGCCUCGCCCGUCGAGCCGUACGGGAAGGAGGCCGUCCUCGGCCGCCGACUGUACACCAAGGCGAUAGAGCCCAUCAUGGCCGAGCUGCAUGCCCAGACCUCGUCGAUGCACAAGCGAGAGGCCUUGGGCAAGCUGUCCGACGCCUUCGCCGCCCUUGACGCCGUCGACCCGGAAGGAGCCUACCACCUAAUGAGCAAUCUCGUCGUCGGCAUGUCGCAGGACAACAAGCUCAACGCCGCCCUGCUGCGGCAACCCCUCCAGAAGGUGCAGGACGACGGCACGCCGCAGGGCACCGUCAUCGUCAAGGGCUCCACCCCCUCUGCCGCCAACCAGGCGAAGCUCGUCCUGAGCUCCAACAACCCUCACCUCAAGAGCCACCGUCGACGACAGGUCGACUCCCCGGCAACGAAGCUCGGCGAGAAGGAGUACGACAAGGACAGGCAGACUCCCCUGGAGGAAAAGUACCCCGGCCGCGAGCCGCGCGCGGGCAUGGAGCACUGCAGGCAGCUGUCCGACGUCCUCUACCAGCGCUGGUCGGACAACCUCCGAAUACGAUGGCCCGCCGUCUAA